GUCAGUGUUGCAUUUCUUUUUGCCUAUCGAAUCCUGUCCCGAUAACGAUUACUGGUGUAAUAAAUAUGGCGUCAGAGGAAAACGUUGCGAUGGAAAGUCCAGGUCGUCGCACUCGUUCAGGUCGGAAGGCCGCUUCGCCGGCUGUGUCAGCUCCGGCAAGAAGUACCCGCCGCACAUCGAAGAGGAACGCCCAGUUAAGCGACCACGAAGAGGAGCCGGCUAAAGAGAUGAUGCCGGAUGAAGAGAUGGACCCUGUGCCAGUGCCGGCCGAACAUUCAUCCGCCGAACCCACCUUCGAUGAGCCGCAGAUGGACGACGAAGUUGAAAUGAUACCCGUUGAAUCGGGCGGCGUGGACGAAAAGAGUUCCUCGUUUCCAUUUGGAGCAGUGGCAGAGCAGCAUUCAGAGACCAGUGAUGACAUCAAGGAGACGCGGGGCGAGGACACCCUUCUGGCCUCCCUGGCCGGGGACAAUGCUAAUAGUUUGCCGUCUGUGGGGGGUAACGAUGAGAACGACACCAAAAAAUCCCAGGGCUUUGACUACAAAGACGAAACAGGGCAUCCCAAUGCCGACAAACUGAAUUCGUCCGAGGAUUCGAGUUCGCACCAUGCCAUAGCUGAGAGCUUGGGCGACGAAGCGGACACCAGCAAUGCCACUAUUGUCAACACCGAAAUAAUUUCGGAAGACGAACUACCUCCGCCCAGCAAGCCGGAAAUAAACGAUGCAGAAGAGGUGUCGGACGAGGAACUACCGGCUCCGCAAAGAGCUGAGUUGCCCGCAGACGCAGAGGUCAUCUCCGAGGACGAGCUCCCUACCCACAAUAACAACAACAAUUCGAGUGACCCCAAGGCGCCUUUGAAGCGAAAGGCAGACAAAGAAGCCGAAAACGAGUCGGAUGAUAAGAAAGUUGUCAGUGAGGCGAACUCGAAAGAUAAAUCCCUUGAACAAUACAAUCCAAGUAGCCCCACGUCCGAAAGCAACGAUGCUCAGCCUUUGGAAAAGAGGGCAAAGGUUGAUGAUAGUGAAGCGAAGGAAAAAAAGAAUGAAAAGGAGCGCGAUAAGGAGAAAGCAAAAGAUACAGAUAAGGACAAGGAGAAAGAGCGCAAGAAGUUGCCUGACCUAGACAAGUACUGGAGGGCUGUAAAAGAAGACUCCACCGACUUUACGGGCUGGACCUACCUGCUGCAGUACGUGGACAGUGAGUCCGAUGCGGAAGCGGCGCGAGAAGCCUACGAUACAUUCCUCUCCCACUAUCCCUACUGCUACGGGUACUGGCGGAAGUACGCCGACUACGAGAAGCGCAAGGGCAUCAAGGCCAACUGCUACAAGGUAUUUGAGCGCGGGCUGGAAGCAAUUCCUCUGUCAGUUGAUCUAUGGAUCCAUUACCUGAUGCACGUCAAGUCCCAGCACGCCGAGGAUGAGCAGCUUAUCCGCGCCCAGUACGAGCGUGCGGUGAAGGCUUGUGGCCUGGAGUUCCGGUCGGACAAGCUCUGGGAUGCCUACAUUCGUUGGGAAAAUGAGUCGAAACGCUACCACCGGGUGGUGCAGAUCUACGACCGGUUGCUGGCCAUUCCCACCCAGGGAUACAAUGGACACUUCGACAAUUUUCAAGAUGUCAUCAAUCAGCAUGCGAUCACCAGUACUCUGGGCAAUGAUGAGCUUAUGCGCCUGCGAAAGGACUACUACGAGCGUCAGCAGAGCAAGGCGACCAAGUCCUCGUCCAAGAGCCGACGCGACAGCAGCAGCAGUAGCUCCAAAGACAAGGAUUCUAAGGGCGACCGUGACAGGGAACGGGAAAAGGAUAAGGAGAAAGAAAAAGAGAAGCGGGAGUCUAGCGGGGGUAAGUCGCCAAAAGAUACUAGUGAAGCUAAUGUCGAUGAAUCAGACAAUACCACCGAUCUGACUGAAAGCGAGUCCCCUGCCGCCACAAAGACAUCAGCGCAGAUCGACUUUAGUGAUCUAAGUACCCUGAACGACGAGGAGAUAGCGAGCAUUAAGGAUCGGGCCAUAUCGGCGCGGCGCAAGAUUCACAAAGUGACUGUGAGUGCCGUGACGGCCCGCUGGUCAUUCGAGGAGGGCAUAAAGCGACCCUACUUCCACGUUAAACCCCUUGAGCGGGCUCAGCUGAAGAACUGGAAGGACUACCUAGACUUUGAGAUCGAGAAGGGGGAUCGCGAGCGAGUCUUGGUCCUGUUCGAGCGAUGCCUGAUAGCUUGCGCUCUGUACGAUGAGUUUUGGCUCAAGAUGCUCCGCUAUUUGGAGUCAUCAGAUGACGUGCCGGGAGUGACUCAACUUAUCCGCGACGUCUAUCGCCGCGCCUGCCGCAUUCAUCAUCCGGACAAGCCCAGUCUCCACCUAAUGUGGGCCGCCUUCGAAGAGUGCCAGAUGAACUUUGAUGCUGCCGCCGAGAUUCUGCAGAACGUCGAACAGCGCUGCCCCAAUCUCCUGCAGAUCGCCUAUCGCCGCAUAAACGUGGAGCGACGGCGCGGUAACAAUAACAAGUGCCGCGAGUUGUAUAAGAAUUAUAUUGAAAGUACAAAGAACAAGGGCAUCGCUGGAACUUUGGCAAUCAAGUUCGCCCGAUUCCUGAACAAGAUUUGCCACGAUCUCGAAGCGGGCUUGGCCGAAUUGCAGCAAGCGCUAGACCGCGAUCCGGCCAACACUCGAGUGGCCCUCCAGAUGAUCGACCUCUGCCUUCAGCGGCCAGAUGUGAACGAGCAGGAAGUCGUCCAAAUAAUGGACAAGUUCAUGGCCCGCACCGAUAUCGAGCCCGACCAGAAAGUGCUGUUCGCUCAGCGUAAGGUCGAAUUCCUGGAGGAUUUCGGCAGCACAGCUAAGGGUCUGCAAGACGCCCAGCGUGCCCUUCAGCAGGCGCUCAGCAAAGCCAAAGAAAGUCAAAAGAAAAGCGAUGGCAGUCCAAGUCGCAAAAAUGCCUCGGCUAAAGAUGGAGCUCCCGCUGCGGGCUCAUCAGGCACAGCAGGCUCAUCAGCUGCUUAUAACAACGGUGGCUCGGCCACGGCGACUGCGGCAUACAACUAUGGAGCUGCCGGAGCAUCCGCCUAUUAUAGUCAGACGGGAAGCGCUGCGAGCGCAGCCUAUCCCGCAGCCCAGGCUCAACAGCAGACGUCGUACGACUCGUAUUACAAUCAGUGGGGCUAUGGGUCGGGUGGAGCCACCGGUAGCGGAAGCUACAACUAUGGCCAAUGGAGCGGAUACGGCAACUACUACUAGGGUUAGAAAGAAUCAACCGCAACCAGCUCAUCUUUGUACCUCUAAGAUGCCCCUAGCCGCUUAGUUUUGCCUUGCUGCUCUGUUAAGUUAUAGGUUUUUAAUUGUAAUUUUAUACUGAUACCUAAUUUUACAUAUGGAUAUGUAGCAGACACAAUAGUUCCGUCGCGAAAAAAUAAAAGACGUCAACUUAAUCGGUUCACCAUAA